GUGCUUGUGCGCCAGGUAGGGGGAGGCUGCUGAGUUUGCUCUGCCCAAUAAGAGAGAAGUGGCGUGGCCUCGUGGAGGAGGAUGGAGGAGGAGUUACUGUGACUCCCAGGCUGUCGCAGUCAGAGGUUUUGUGUGUGUGUGGAGGUGUGAUUGUGUGUGCGGUGGGGGGACCGAGAGUGUAGGAACUUAGCGCUACGGACACAGACGACCCGAGUUCGACUCCCGCUCGCUCACGGCCACCGCGACCACCAGUGACGAUUUAUCUGAAGCGGUGCCGGCAUUCUCCUAGGUCGACUCAGCCCUCAAAUGAGUACCCGGCGCGGUGUGUAAACAUCGCCACUGCGGAUACGAAGACAGCCCGGACGUGCCGCUGGCCACCCCAACCCUUUGUGUGCCGUGCUGGGUUUUUUGUUUUUGUACAGGUGCUCGCCAACAGCACUUGCCACGAAAGUCUGUCAAGGCUAUCCGGGGGACCUUUAUCGGUUGUGUGUGCGCUGAGCUGGUGGGGGGGGGGGGGUUGCGUCAAGUGGAGGCGGCGGUGGCGGCGGCUGUCGAUUUGGAGUUCUCGAAACUUUGAUCGUCAACUUCCGAACUCCUGCCACGCGUGGUCUCUCUCUCUCUGCCUCAUCAUCAUCCUGGCCACGGCCCCCGACCUCGACGAGGAUUGUGCUACGGAGCACGAAAACUCCUAACUCGGCAGUAACGACUAAGAGGGACUUUGUAGUAACAAGACGAAUGUGCGUGUGUGUGCUUAGGGAGGUAGUGCAGUGUGGCUCGAGUUGACGGUGUGAGUGUAUUUGUUUUAACAGGGUGGGGGGGUAUUUAUACUGACGGGAAAACCCGUGUCUUUUUAUUUAUAUAUAUCGUGUGCUGUGCAUAUAACCUGGGCCAGAGAUUUAAAUCAGGGCUCUCAGUUGACACGCAUACACACACAGCGCACCAUGAUCAUCAUCAUCAUCGCAUAGGUACAUAUAGCACAGCUCACAGGCAAAGCGCACCCGGGUAGCCUACGUAGUGCUGUCGGGGCAAAGUGCUGUUAGCGAGCACCUAUCACAACACACGGGAGACGUCACAACACACGGGAGACGUCACAACACACAGGGGACGUCACACACACACGCUCCCGCGAGAGGCUCUAUCCAAGAGUGGGAGACCCAUCUCUAAAGAAGACAGCACCAGUCACCAUCCUCAACCAUGAAGAAGAGGAAAUUCAGAUUCCAGGUGACAUUCGACUUGGACGAGUUGACGUGCGUGCCCUUCGUGAACGGAGUCCUCUUCUGCAAGCUCCGUCUCUCCGACGGAGGCAGUUUCACGGCGCAGUCCAGCAGGGAGCAGGUGGAGGAGAACUCGGUUCAGUGGCGACAGACGUUCGAGUUCCCAUGCAAGAUGACGGCUAACGCCACCACGGGGGUGCUGGAGCCGUGCGUGCUCCGCGUGUCCGUGCGCAAGGAGACCAAGGGUGGGAAGACCUACUCCAAGCUGGGCUUCGCUGAUGUGAACCUGGCGGAGUUUGCCGGCUCGGGGAGCACGUGCCGUCGGUUCCUCCUGGAGGGUUACGACACCAAGCACACGCGCCAGGACAACUCCACGCUCAAGGUGACCAUCGGGAUGCACCUCCUUUCCGGUGACCCGUGUUUCAAAACGCCGCCGGUGGCCAGCGCAGUCGGCGUCGCGGUCGAGGAGCCUCUGCAGCCGGCGCUGCGCGGCGAGUCUCCCUGCGCCAACUCCAGCGCCGCCGUCAGCGCCGCCUCCGCCGCCGGCGCCUCCUCCUCCUCCGCCCUGUCCCGCGGCUUCAGCUCGCUGAGGCUGCCGCGAGCAAGCAACCCACGCCCGUCCGUGCUGCCGCUCGCCCUUGUGAACUCGUCGCAGUCUCCACUGCCAAGCCCCGAGGACGGCUACUUCACGCUGCCAUCCCGCGGCCCCAGCCACUGCAGCCGUCAGCUGUCGCGUGUGUCCAGUGAGCGGUCGCGUGUGUCCGGCUACAGCACGGAGCACUCGGGCUCCUCCAGCACCUCUGACCUCAUGCCGGGUCCCGCGUCGCCGCUGCACAAGGCGGCGGCCAUCACGGCGUCCGCGUCGACCCCGUGGAUCGCGAGCCAGCCGCACGGCGCCGCACCGCCGCGGGGCCGGAACCGGCUGCCCCCACGGCCUCCUCCGCCCGCAAGCGUGCGCAGGCGUCCGCCGGAGGCGUCGGAGAGGCCGGAGUCGCGGGUGGACGAGACGAGGGUGGACGCGAUGGACGUGGUGGACCAGAUCCUGCAGAUGCAGGACUUCACGGCCAAGAGCACCAACGAAGAGGACGGCUUGACUCUCUUCGUCGGCCGAGACGGGACGUGGGAACUGCGCGGCCACCAGAUCGCAAACGGGAUCUCCCCAGAGCCGUACGAGCCGGUCGUGAUCAGCCGGAACGGAGACGCGCGCUGAGCCUCUGGGCGGCGGCGCCGGCGGCGGCGGCGGCCGCGAGGGCUCCUCAUGGGCACGUCGGACGCCACCCACGGACCCCGUGGGCCCCCGGGGGUAGAGGGCAGCGCCACGUCCGCUUCUCUGCCGCCCGCGCGCGGCUCACUGGACGUCCAAGGGCGCGUCGCCGGACGCGAGCGCGGCGGGACGCUGGGCCUCGGGGGGGGCAGAGACGUCAGCAGAAGCGUCACAGCCCCGUCUCCUUUCACUGAGCCAGUGGUGGAAAUUCCGCAUCCCUAUGGUGGGAGCCACACCAUGCACGAAGUAUCCACUGUUUGGUUGCCCACAAAGAUUUAUUCACUUUAAUGAACCCUUAGGGGAUAAUGAGGUUAUGAGUCGAGCCCCCCAAAAUUUGAAUGUCCACCGUUCUGGCAGUGGGUCGGGUCUCCUCGUUGCGUCGACUCCAAUGGACUUGCCGUUAUUGCCCAGCUGCAGUGAUUAUCAGCAGCACAGAUCUCUGUAAAAUAAAACUAUAGGUCAGGUAAGCAUUUUCCAACGGCACAUCUGAGCCGAGCCAGCCAAGGUACAGUUGGUUUUUCCCCACUGGCUGUUUGCCGAGCCGAACAGCGAGCCAAAACGUGACACCACUGCUUGCCUCACAAUACGACGUCUGAAUCUGGCUCGGGGCCAAGCAGGGCCAGGGGUGUGGCUAACGACGCGUUGGAUGCAUGCGACGUCACAGUAGUCAAGCAAGUGUGACGUGUAACCACGCCGUCUACGAGCGGCUCGACCCGUUCACGACACGAGAAGUCGGUGGCACGGCUCGGCUCGGCUUCUACAGUGGAUAAACUACCGGGCGCCUCUUGAACCGUGCACCAGGCUGGCUCGGCAUGGCCCCGGCACGGCCCCGGCCCCGGCACGGCUCGGCUGUGCAGCGGAAAAGCCAUGUGGGAUUUAUUCGGUCGAAGCCGGGCUCCAGCCAGCUGGAAUAUAAUUUACCAUUUCAUCUCGAUAACUGUAAACGGUAAUUUUUUUAAAAAUGUGAGUGUAACAAGAGGUUUAGGUCACUUUUUUUAACGAAACAACAAUUGAGCUGCUUUGACUUGAUAUGGGCCGUAGGGGCUUUUUCAAGCCAACAGCGAAAAUUUAGCGUUUUUGUUUUGAGGCGUUUUAAGUUUCACCGUUGCCUACCGAUUGUGCCGAGUGUUGACAAGGUUACCGCUCGGCGUUUAUAUAUAAAAACAAAGGUCGCCGUAGAGCUUGCAACAGGCUGUUGGGGAGCGGCAGUGUCGUUGGUAGCGCAUAGUGCUACACACACACACAAACAAUUUGCCUUUGCUACUGCAAGUGCCAAGGUGCCAAUGUCCUGUAGAAGGCCUCCACAGGGGGAGAAUGCCUUCUCCGAAGCCAAUGAAUGCACUUUCCCUGUCGUGCCAAGAAUCCAGAAUUUCGAUCAAUUAGCUGGGAGCCCAGAGAGAGACCAAACCUGCCCGGACCGCGCCCGACCUCGUCAUGUUCUCAGAAGCUAAGCAGGGAUUUUGAGCCUGGUUAGUACUUGGAUGGGAGACCAUCACCAGGGCCUUGCCAGCCGCUUUGGUGUGGGGUGUGCGUUGGCAGUGCCGAGUGUCCCCCUCGUAGGCGUGAGUUGUCUCCAGGCUCUCCAGGAUUCCUCCCACAUGAAGCCGAACACUCCUUGGUCACCGUUGCAUUGGCCAAGCAUACCAUUGCAGGACGCUCCUGGUGAAGAGUCUUGAGACUCACCGCGUCAUUUCCCUGGGUAAUUAUUGGCCAUGUUUUUUUUUUACUUGCACAGGAGAGCUCCUCUUACCCGUGGUGAUGUGGGGUACCGUUAUCGCGUGUCCUGUUAUUCGCGAUUUUACUCCCCGCUCGUUUGUGGCACAAAGUAAUCACGGACAAUCGGACGGCUAUGGCCACAGACUUAUCCCGUCUUGUCUUCAGCAGUGGAGACCAAGCGUACACAGGUCGCGCACCCGUUUAUUUUCAGCGUCAGCAGUGGAAAAAAAAAGCAGUGCACACACCGCUGCAGUCGCUAUGUAGCGACCGUACUUGUACGUAUAUCGCGGUGAUUGGGUGAUACCUAUGUUGUUUAUCGCUCCGCGGUAGUGGGGCAUUCCGUGUGGGAACGUUGAUUUGUAAGCGCACGUUCAGCGCGCGCGUCGCAUACGGACAGCGUCGGUGCGUUAGUCUUGUUUACAGCGACGUCCCCGAGCCCUCUGCCGGUCCUACUUGCUGUGCUGCGUACAGCGGCGUCCGGUAGACGGGUGCCACCGGAGUUCGUGUCCCAUCGGCAGGCCACGUGCGGUGGCCGUUCUGGAGCGGGUCAAGCCCACCCCGUCCCCCCACGUGGGCCGCGUGCGGGAAGAGUAGGCCAAAGCACCUUCUGUACGGAGCGACUCUCCCUCGGGAGCUUUUCCUCCAGGAGUUGUGGAGAAGACGGCCCUUCCGCCAGCAGUGGCGCGAGCGGGAAAUUGCAGGGCAGCGCCUCUGCCGUUUUAGCGAAGACGGUGACGUUCCAGCGACUUUGCGGACCUCAACGCCGCCAACGACGGUGGUGGUGGUGACGACGACGACAGUAGUUGUUUAUUUUUUUAACGCUUUCUAAGCGGCGCUCUCUCAGCCUCGUCUACCAUCCCCUGUGCGGGCACAGGGGUGGAGAUCGCGAGAGAGUUGUCGGAGGGUGGCGGAGUUUGGGGAAUGUUCUAGACGAGAGAAGAAGAAGAAGAAAGAAG